CCCGUUACCAAGCACUGCACCGCGCAGGGGCUGACAACGACGACGGCAACGGGCACUGACCGAGGGAACACUGCCAGCGUGAUAACGACACAGACGCUCCUGAACACAGUAGGGGAUGGCAGUGAAUGUGUACGCCACAUCUGUGUCCAUUGACAACCUCAGCCGACAUGACAUGCUGGCAUGGGUCAACGAUUCUUUGCAUCUCACCUACACCAAGAUUGAACAGCUCUGUUCCGGAGCAGCAUAUUGCCAGUUCAUGGACAUGUUGUUUCCAGGUUGCAUCCUUCUGAAGAAGGUCAAAUUUCAAGCCAAGCUGGAACAUGAAUUUAUACACAACUUCAAAGUUCUUCAGGCAGCUUUUAAAAGGAUGAGUGUUGACAAAAUAAUUCCUGUAGAAAAGCUUGUAAAAGGGAAGUUCCAGGACAACUUUGAAUUUGUGCAGUGGUUCAAGAAGUUCUUCGAUGCCAACUAUGAUGGGAAGGAGUAUGACCCUUUACUAGCCAGACAGGGGCAGGACGUGGCCCCUGCCCCCAACCCAGGUGAUCACUUUAUCCACAAACCAAAGAGAAACCCAGGUAAACCAAACAGUUUUGCCUUUGCUGCACGGUCUUGCUGAGCUUUGGAUGGCUCAAAAGGCGCUCCCUGCAAGCAAGCGUUGAUGGAGUUGAAGUUGACCGUAGACGGACUAGAGAAGGAGAGAGACUUCUACUUCAGUAAACUACGGGAUAUCGAGCUGAUCUGUCAGGAGCACGAGAGUGAAAAUAACCCCAUCCUCAGCAGGAUAAUCGACAUUCUCUACGCAACAGAGGAAGGCUUUGCACCUCCAGAGGAUGAAGACCUCGAUGAACAAGCUCACCUGGACCAGGAUGAAUACUAAACCCUUCAUCUCCCUCCCCCCUAACAUCUCCAUCCUCCCUUUCCAUUUCUUUUUGCCCUCAUUUGUUUUCUACUCUCUUUGCACGCUCUCUCUAAAUACUUACCAUUAUCCCUACUCUCUGCCCAUCUUUUCCUUUCAGUCGCUUAUGAAUAUCUGUUUGUAACCUCCCCCCAUCCACCCUCUGGCUGUCUACAUACUAUACACAACUACUCUGCGUUAUCAUUUGCUGCCCCUCCCUGCCUCCACUUACACAGUGAAAAAAACAACAGUAAUGUAUGACAUAUCCCAGUUAUUUCAGCAUGAGUAACGCAGAAAAUCGAGCCGAGCCUGGCAUGGAGGUUUUUAUGACAAACAGUGAAUUUAAGUCUGUAAAUAUUGCUGACAUUUUGAUUUCUUAGAGAACAAUGUCUUUGCUCAUUAUGGAGUUAUUUAUUUGCCUUUGGUGCGUUGUUAAUACAACUAUUAGAGCACAGAACAACGCUGCUCCAAUGUGCCAUCAGGAUUCUCCCAGAGCUACUAAAACUGUAACAAAUGACUUUUUAAAAACAAUUUCUUAUUUAUUUAACUUAUAUUUAAUUUCGAUUAACUUUCUGUAGCAAAACUGGUGCAAAACCUACUGUACAUGAACGGAAAGCUGAAGGCCCUGCGUGUUAUUUGAGUUCAGGUUUGUGCUUGAGUCUGCAUCAAGCUUUGGGUUUCUGUUAUGGUGGGUUCUUGGCAUGUAGAAACGCUGAAGGAAAUACUUUGGUGUAAUGACUCAAGGCAUAUGAUCAGUGCUCUGCGAUUAUUCAUUAUUGAUCAACAACAUAUCUGAGCAUGAGAAUGUUACACAUUGACUGUGAAUGAGUGAUAUUUUGUAAAUGUAUUUUGUGUGGAGAUUUUGUCUGAUAUCGCACGAUCCUGGUUAAUUGCCGUUGUAUCUUUUAGGCCGACAUGCAGUAGCCUUUAAGUUUAAAAAUUUAGAGGUGGAGAGCCACCUGCAGACUGACAAGGUUAGAGAUUGUAGCAGUUCUAAUGUUUUAUUCUAAAAUACAAGGGAGACUGACACUGAAUUAAUACAGACACAGCUUUUGUCAUGUUCUUACUGCUAAUCAUACUGUGUUUAUACUUUUGAUUUGCUUCAAAGGGUUGCCCAGGGUGUACAGUAUAAGAUGUAGUUUGGAAUAAAGUCAGUAUUAAGAGAUCUGUGACCAGUUGACUGGUCAUGAUUAACAUCCAGUUUAACCAAGGAAGUCUCCUUGUCCUUCCCCAGCUAUUUUUACUUUGCAAACUGGCUGUCGUCUGCUCUGGAACUUGCGUUCAUUGACCAUGCAAACAUCUACAGAACACUCAUCUUUUGAGUUUUGAAUAA